GAUUUCAUUGGUUAAAGGGAGCACGUUGUUGACGUUCCAGCCAAUCAUCUUUCCUGAACGAUAGACAUAGCUCCUUGCAUAGUGGUAGAGAAGUAGCGUGGGUCUUUACUAUUGGAAAUCUUCACAAGGGUACUGGUAGCCUACUUGAAGUUUGAGCAUAAUAAACAAUGGGAAGAAAGGAUGGCAAACCAAGAGGACGCAUGUCGUCGUAUGCAUUUUUUGUGCAAACCUGCCGUGAAGAGCACAAGAAGAAGUGUCCAGAUGAAAAUGUAGUUUUUGCUGAAUUCACCAAAAAGUGUGCUCAGAAAUGGAAAGAAAUGAGUGCCAAGGAAAAGAGAAGGUUUGAAGAGAUGGCUGAGAGAGACAAGUCUAGAUAUGAGAAAGACAUGGCCAACUAUGAUCCCCCUGCCGGUGGAGCCACAGGAAAGAGGAAGAAGAGAGCAAAGGAUCCAAAUGCACCCAAGAGAGCCUUGUCUGCAUUCUUUUUCUUUUGCGGUGAUGAGCGCCCAGACGUGAGAGCAGCACAUCCUGAAUGGUCUGUGGCAGAGGUUGCCAAGGAACUGGGAAAGAGGUGGGAGAAGGUCACCAACAGAUCCAAGUUCGAGGCCAGAGCCGAGGCGGACAAGGCAAGAUAUGCAAAGGAAAUGGAGGCUUAUAGAGGAGGUGGAUCAGUUCCCAAAGCUUCUCCAGCCAAGAAAGCCAAACCUCAGCCUAAAGAAAGUGAUGAAGAUGAUGAUGAAGAGGAAGAAGAUGAUGAAGAUGAUGACGAGUAAAAACCAAUAACUACAAGACCUCCGUUAUGAGACAACAGAGAUUUUAGUCGGCAAGCACCAUUGUCUCACUUCAGAACAAAUGAAGCCUUUUACUUGUACAUAGACUGAAAUCUUUUUAAAAAGUGCAUUGGUUCCCAGUUAUUUUAUUUCUCUUUAUUGUUAGGCAUGUCUCUGUCUUGUGCUACUACACAGGAUUAUUUUUUUUCUGUGUUAAACAUGUCGCUCCAAGUUUGAUACAGAGGUGAGAUUUGACCAUUUGCACAUCUCGUGCCAUUACUGGUUGGUAGUUAUCUGAUCAUGACAUGAUUGUAAAUCAAAACUUUUGAGGAGUACUCAUUUUUUGUUUUUCCAUUUUGACAGACUCCACAUUUUCUCAUGAUUCAUUAAGAUGAUUUCAUAAAAUUUCUCAUGUGUUUUAUAGAGUCCCUUGAAUUCUGGAAAUACUGUAAUGAAAAAAAAUCAUUUGAAAAUAUUUUUCUUGCAAAGUUGUACAAAUUAGAAAAAUAUUUAUAUAUCUUACAUUGUUCUGUUUAAUACUAUUUUUUAAAUAUUGUAAAUUAAUUGCAAUAAAUUUAUGUAUACCUUUUA